AUGAACCCAAGACAGCAUGUGUCACUUAACAUUGAGAGAGCAUGUAGAUCACUUGAGAAAAGUGUUCAAGGUGUUACAGGACAAGGUGGAGCUCAAAAAACCAAGCAAUUUCUUGAAGCCAUUGCCAGUGCUAGAACGACUAUGGAAGAGUGUUUUUUUGGACUUUAUAGUUGGACCAUUGUUAGUGAUCGGGACAGGCGUUUCAUAGACAGGUUAUGGAUUGAGUUGGUCAAGCUAUUAGGCUCAGACUUGAACUUUUCCACCAACAAGCAUCCACAAAUUGAUGGGCAGAUUGAGUGUGUGAAUAGACUAUUUGAGGUCUACUUCAAGCACUAUGUGAGUGCCAGACAAAGGGAUUGGCCAAAGUUGCUAGAUGUUGUGCAAUUUUCCUACAACUUACAAAAGAGUGAGGUAACAAACCAGAGCCUAUUUGAAGUUGUGAUAGGUCAACAACCACUAACACCAAGUUCGAUUACUAUAGGUUAUAUAGGGCUGAAUCCAACAACAUACAAGUUUACCAAGGCUUGGCAGGAGCAAGCUGACUUGGCCAGAUUCUGUCUACAUAAGGCAACAAAGAGGUCAAAGAAGUGGGCAAACCAGAAUAGACGAGACGUGCAGUUUUAG